AUGUUUUCAAAGAUGUGUCAUCCCAGCAUCUUAGGCUAUGUGCCAAACUCAGCAGUUACUCUGAGUCACUCUGAACAAUCACUGGCCUCUUCCAUGCUGCUUUGAAAACUGUUCUGCUAAGUGGACUGUGUAGACACCAUGGUUCAGUAAUCUUAAGGGACUCUGGACACUUGUUCGUCUUAACUAGCUGUCAUGGCGGUACAAAAUACUUAUUCUAUUAACUCUGCUGUGGAGGAUGAGGCAGAAGAAACUACACCACUGCUCAAAAAACACGGAGAAGAAAACUUGGUGCCCCCCAUAUGCUGCUCUGUACGCUAUAAUCUGGCCACUCUGAUGUUCUUGGGUUUCGCUGUGGUCUAUGGUCUACGUGUCAACCUCAGCGUUGCCAUGGUAGCCAUGGUCAAUGGAACUAGUGUCAAACCAAUCAGUAACAGCAGUGUAGGAACAGAGUGUCCAGUGCACGCCCAUAACUUUGACAACAGUAGUCAAGAACAAGAUGAUGGGAAUCCACAAUAUGACUGGAGCCCUCAGACACAAGGGAUGUUGCUGGGUGCUUUCUUUUUUGGAUACCUUUUCACCCAGGUCCCAGGAGGAUACCUGUCUGGUCACUUUGGGGGACGUAUCUUUCUGGGUGGUGGUGUGCUUGGAACAGCAGUACUCACCUUGCUAACCCCUUUGGCUGCCCAGCUCGGAGCCAAAUGGUUGUUUGCUUUGCGAGCGCUGGAAGGUUUUGGAGAAGGGGUGACAUUUCCUGCCAUGGCUGCCAUGUGGGGACGCUGGGCCCCUCCAUUAGAGAGGGCUCGUCUCAUGACCUUCUCAGGGGCGGGAGGCAAUUUUGGGGCCUUUGUGGCAUUUCCACUCACAGGUUUUAUUUGUCAUAGUUGGGGCUGGCCAGCGGUCUUCUACUGCUGUGGGGGCGCAGGUUGUCUCUGGGCAUUGUUUUGGUUCCUCUUCGUUUCAGAUGAUCCUCGCACUCAUUCAAGUAUAAGCACGCGUGAAAAAGAUUACAUCAUCAACUCUAUAGGUUCACAGGGUGGAUCACAUGGGUGGGCAGUGCCUAUUGUGUCCAUGGCAUUCUCUCUGCCUCUCUGGGCAAUCAUCAUCUCUCAGAUGUGUGCCAACUGGGCUUAUUAUACAUUACUGACCUCAGGUCCUACAUACAUGGACACGGUGCUCCACUUUGACAUACGGCAGAACUCAUUCCUCUCUGCUGUACCCUACCUGGGUGGCUGGUUGUUCUCUUUGUUGGGUGGUGCACUGGCAGACAACCUCCUGGAGAGGGAGCUACUGAGCGUCGCCGCUGUCAGGAAGAUCUUCACUUUUGCAGGUCUAUUCCUCUCAGCUGCGUUUCUUGCUGCCUUGGGUUUCUCAGGGUGCAGUGAGGUGCUGGCUGUCACCUUUCUCACACUCUCUACUACCAUCGGUGGCCUAAGUGCAGCUGGCGUCUACAUGAACCAAAUCGACAUUGCUCCACGGUAUGUAGGUAUGCUUCAGGGGAUCACAAACACUUUUGGGACCAUUCCUGGAGUUUUGGCACCCAUAGUAGUGGGCCAGCUUGCUAAAGAUCACUCUCUGGCUGGGUGGAGGAAAGUGUUCUGCUUGUCCGCGGGACUGAGCGCUUUCGGAGCUCUCUUCUUCACGUUUUUCGGCAGUGGGAAGGUCCAGAGCUGGGCGAUGACGGAGGAGGAGGAGGAGGCAGACAGGGACAGGGAAGGUUCAGUAUGUAGCUAACAGGGGUCUAUACGCCAACUGGAAGAGGUGGAACUGCUCCAGGAAGACUCUUUUAAAAUUUUAAAUGUUUUGACCACUUUUCAGGGAGUGGUCAGGGAAUUCAGGGAGAUUGAAACCAGUGAAAUGCCUUUUUUUUCUGUUAGAAUGUCUUGUUUAUUGUUAUGAUAACUGUAUAUCAGUGUUUUGAUUUGAUCAGAAUUUGGUUUUGACUUGAUGGUUGAGCAGUAAAUGCUCAACACUUGCACCAGCUGACCUAUGUUAGUCAUUUAGUCCUGUUAGAGUUCUGAUGUCGGCACCCGGCAACCAAUUUGUGAUUGGGCCACACUGGAACUUUUGGUUGUGAACUGACCUUAAUUCUUGUUGUCCUCUAUGUCUUUAUCUGCAACCACUAGCCACUUUUGUUAGAAACACCGACCUUCUAGAUACAACUUGUUGAUUUACAGUUAGAGACUAUGCCCCAUCUUAAUGUGACUAUUUCACCCACUUAAUGACGUAUACCUACCUUAUAGCUACACUACAUAUUUGUACAGUUGCACACUGAAGUCUAUCUAUUGCCAUGCAUGGUUUGUGUAAGCCAUCCUCUAGCCCUUCAUCAAUGACUAGUUUUUGACCACUGGAUUGCCAUUGGUUGGAUAUUUUAGGGAAGCAGACCACUCUGAAUCCAGUGACAGUGACGUGUGUUUUCAUUUAAAAAAAAAA